GCGAGCGAGGAGGCUCCGCCCUCGGAGUCUGCUCAGGUGAGCGUGUGUCGGAGGAGCAUUGCGGAGCUGCAGGGAGAGCAGAGGGGACACGGUCAUGUCAGACAGCGGGAACGCACAGUCGCAGGACGGAGGAUCGAGCCGGGUGACAUGCCCGAGUGUGGGCAACAAAGUGACCGUGGUGCUCGGAGCACAGUGGGGCGAUGAAGGGAAAGGAAAGGUGGUGGACCUGCUGGCCCAGGACGCUGACAUGGUCUGCAGAUGUCAGGGAGGCAACAAUGCAGGACACACAGUCGUGGUUGAUUCAGUGGAAUAUGACUUCCACCUUCUACCCAGUGGAAUUAUUAACCCAAUGGUCACUGCCUUCAUUGGUAAUGGUGUAGUCAUUCACCUGCCGGGUCUCUUCGAGGAGGCUGAGAAGAAUGUGCGGAAAGGAAAAGGUCUGGAAGGCUGGCAGAACAGGCUCAUCAUCUCGGACCGUGCACACAUCGUGUUUGAUUUCCAUCAAGCUGUGGAUGGAGUCCAGGAACAGGAGAGGCAACAGCAAGCUGGCAAAAAUUUAGGAACAACUAAAAAAGGAAUCGGUCCCGUGUACUCUGCCAAAGCAGCUCGCAGUGGCCUGAGGAUAUGUGACCUUCUGGCUGACUUUCAGGAGUUCUCAGAGAGAUUUAAACAUUUGGCCUCGCAGUAUAAGUCUAUGUACCCUUCACUGGAGAUUGAUGUGGAUGGUGAACUUGAGAAACUCAAGACAUAUGUAGACAGGAUAAAGCCCAUGGUGAGAGAUGGAGUCUUCUUCAUGUAUGAGGCGCUACAUGGGCCUUCAAAAAAGAUUCUGGUGGAAGGUGCCAAUGCUGCCUUGCUGGACAUAGACUUUGGGACAUAUCCGUUCGUGACUUCCUCAAACUGCACCGUGGGAGGGGUGUGUACGGGUCUGGGCAUGCCGCCCCAGAACGUGGGUGAAGUCUAUGGAGUUGUCAAAGCCUACACCACGAGAGUUGGGAUUGGAGCUUUCCCUACAGAACAGAACAACGAGGGAUUGCCCUGUUUGGGCAAGGCUUGUAGUGCUGCACGGCUGGGUGUAAUAGGACGAGAACAACACGGACUGGCCGACAAAGAGGCACGGCCUGUACAAACACAUAAACCUGCCAGCAGAACUGGAAGUCUGCAGGAGGAUUUCAAAGCUGCACUGAAAGGGAAAGGUAAUCCAGCUAGAUGCACCACCUCAGAAGAAACCUAUAAGAAAGCACUGUCUCACCAUCUGGGCCUGUACUCGCCCAUCCCAUUAGGACGCCACAUUAAAGAGCAGACGCUCAUUGAGGAGGGCGACUCUUCACUCAUUCACUCUCUGAGGCCUGCUUGA